CCGCUCCCAUUGGCUGUCCUCGGCGCGGGUGAUGGCGGCGAUCCGCAGCGUGAAGGGGUUGGUGGCGCUGGUGACCGGCGGAGCCUCGGGGCUGGGCCGGGCCACGGCCGAGCGCUUGGUGGCGCAGGGAGCCCGAGUGCUGGUGCUCGACCUGAGCGCGUCCCCGGGAGCGCAGCUGGCCAAGGAGCUGGGGGAGAGAUGCGCGUUCGCGGCCGCCGAUGUGACGUCAGCCGAGGAGGUGGGGGCUGCCCUGAAGCUGGCCCAGAAGGAGUUUGGGCGCCUGGACCUGGUGGUGAAUUGUGCCGGUGUUGGCAUCGCCGUCAAGACCUACAACAGCAAGAAGGACAAGGUGCACGAGCUGGAGGACUUCCAGAGGGUCAUCAAUGUGAACCUGGUGGGGACCUUCAACGUCAUCCGCCUCAGCGCCCAGCUCAUGAGCCAGAACCAGCCCGAUGCCGACGGCCACCGCGGCCUCGUGGUCAACACAGCCAGCGUGGCUGCCUUCGAGGGCCAGGUGGGUCAAGCAGCUUACUCAGCCUCCAAGGGCGGCAUCGUGGGCAUGACACUGCCCAUCGCCCGCGACCUGGCGCCGCUCGGCAUCCGGGUGGUCACCAUCGCUCCAGGGCUCUUCUCCACCCCGUUACUGGCUGGGUUACCUGAGAGGGUUCGGAAUUUCCUGGGACAACAAGUGCCUUUUCCCUGCCGCUUGGGACACCCGUCGGAAUACGCACACCUCGUCCAGGCCUUGGCGGAGAACCCCAUGGUCAAUGGGGAAGUGGUGAGGUUGGAUGGAGCCCUCCGCAUGCAGCCAUGAGUUAUGGGGCUCCCCCCCCCAAGACAAAGUGUGGGGCUGGCGUGGGGUAUCCGCACUGGGAUGCUCCCCAUAGCCCCAGUGAUGGCGGGAUGCUCCAUGGGGACACUGCAGGAUGGGAAUCGCAUUGGGAUGUGAACUGGGGCACCCCUGUAAGUGGGGACACCCCUCUAUGAGUGGGAUUGCCCCAUGGAUUUGGGACCCCCAUGCUGUGAUUUAUGAGGACCGGGGCACCCACAAUGGGGCCCUGUCCGGGUCUGGGACCCCCCCAUGGAGUCCCGGUCCCGCCCCCCGUUGUGCCCCCCCACAAUAAAGCGUGUUCUGCGCUGCCCUCUA